AUGUCUAUAUCUGCGUCAUCAAGUUACCCAGCCCAUACCCAGGGCUCCCCUACCCCUCUCCCGCCCGAGAAGGUUUUUCCGAUUCAAAUUGGAUCCGAGCUGUUCAGGCUCUCAGGCGCUUCUAUAGCAUCGGAUGCACCCUCCUACUUCUCUCAGUUUUUUGAAGAACAAUUGAGGCAAAAUGGAGAAAAUUCCACAGAUAUUAUAUUCGACCGCGAGACAAUUCGCACUUCGUUAAGCUUUUUGCGGAUGCUCAAUUUUAUAGUUGUAGGUUCUUCUGGGAAAUGGGCCCUCAUGUCUUCAAAUAACCUGACCGCAGUAUCAGUGCCGCGCCUUAUUUCGCAGCUCUUUGAGUGUGAAAUCUUUAUUCAAAUUGGGGAUCGACAUUUUCAGAUUCCUCGCGAUAUAUUUUCAAAUCCCGGUGAUUCUCCAAAUUUCUUCUCUUUAGGAUUUGCCGUAUUUUUUGCCACUCCGGGUGAGGUAUUUCCAGGAUUGGAACGCCAGGGCCUGCUUCGCCCACCCGCAAUCACGCCCCCUAUUGUAAGCAACCGUUCAGGCGAAGUAUUCGCAGAGCUUCUUCAUAUGCUUCGCGGAUACCCGAUUCAAAUACGAAACGAACAGCAUCGAGUCGAACUUUUGCGCGAUUGUCGAUAUUUCCACCUUCGCGGACUCGAACAGAAGCUGAUUCCGCACGAAAUAAGCUACAACCUUAAACACGACCGCUCAGAGAUUUUGAUUAGAUUGGAGGAUAUUCGCCCAUCUGGUAUUCAGUUAGCUUUCGAUGGUUCUUCCCCGAGUUUGUCCGGCGAUUCUGGCGGUUGGGUACAGUAUGCCCGACCGUUUGUGGAUGAUGAUCACUACGAACUCAUUGUCGAAAUUGGCGGGGAAAACACUCGGGUAGACUUGGAAUCGAAGCGGGCGGAGUUCUAUGGGACUACGAAGACCAGGGUAUCAAGCCUUUUGCAACUAAUUUCCAGUAAAACUACUAUUCCCCGAAAGACCUCUGAACAGUUGCAAAACGGAGGCAGUAUUAACAGUCCAUCGACUACCCCACGGGGCUCCCCGAUGUUUUCAGGGGGCGUUACGAUACUAAUCGAUCCGGAUGCAGAUAUUAUAGUGGAUGGUGAAAGAUGUGACUCACACGAUAGGCCCAUUACAGGCGGGACUGGUGCAUGCGGGCCAUAUGAUGAAUCACUUUGGGCCACAGAUUUUGAUGAGACCAAUUGCGGAACAUUUCCCAACCUUGGGGUACUUCCAAGCGACCCAGAUUUGACGCCGCAAUCAUUCCAACGAGAAAUCAAGACCGGGCAACCUAUAUUUCGUCCGGGAUCGGAGCGGGAACGUCCUCAGUCACCAAUUGGACAUCCACAACUAAGGCACGCCCAAUUUGGGCGUCCCUCCCGAAAGCGAAAACGAGGCGAAAGUGAGGGCGGCCGUCAUACCUGGAUUGUGCGUAAGGGACAGUGGAGGCUGUCACUCCAAGGGAGCAGUGAGGCCGGAGCGGGUGGGGUGGAGGUGGUGUUUGUCGCCGUGAAGCUGGAUGUGUACGCGCAGCAAAAGUCGCGCAACAGGCGGCGGGGAUUCCUGGACUCGACGGGCUCUUGA